AUGAAGUACUUGGUGAUAUUCGCAGCAGUUCUCGUUUGCGCACAGGCCGUGCAAUUGCCUUACAUCGUUCAGACCAAUUCCUUGGAAUCCAGUGAGGAGGAAUAUCGCGUCGUCUUGCCGGCUAAAGGUCAACGUCCAAUCAGCUUACCCGGUAUUGGAGUGAUUAAUCAGCCUGUUGCGCAGGCGGUUAAAGUGAAAGUGCCCCGCUUUGUUACCCCCGAGGUGAAGCAACAAAUUAUCACACAAGCCUUGGUAGCGCGUGGUAUAAGUCUACAAGAUUUGGGCACGAAACCGUUGGAUGCAGGCGCGACUAGUGCAACACCCGCUGCUGCUAAGGAUGUGGUACGCCAGUUACGCCAAGCGCAAGUUGGAGGAGGAGUAGUAGUAGUUAGCGGUAAUGUUGCACCCGUUAAAGUGCCACUAGUUCCAGCAGUAGCAGGUGUACCGGCAGUGCCAGUGGUUUCAGGCGGAGCCGCAGUGGUACCGAAAAGUGCUGGAGUGCCAGCAGCGACAGGCGUAUCUGUAGGGUCAGGAGUUGCAGUUGGUUCAGUAGUGCCUGGAGUAUCUGCUGUUCCCGUUCCCGGUGUACCAGUUGUUCCUGUUCCUGUAGUGCCCGGAGUAUCUGCAGUUCCCGUUCCCGGUAAACCAGUUGUUCCCGGUGUACCAGUUGUUCCUGCAGUGCCCGGCGUACCAGUUGGUUCAGUGAAUCCCGUAGCUCCAGUUGUUCCUGUAGCGCCAGAUGCUCCAGCCGUUCAAGGUGGCGCAGUUGUGCCAAACUCUCCAGUUGUGCCAGCAGUACCAAAAGUACCUGUCGUCCCUGCGGUGAGCACUGCCACAAAAGCGCCAAUCGCUGUUUUAACUCCAGCUCUUGCUAAGUCCAAUUAA